UUGUAUCCCGGGGUCAGUGCCGCACGGAGCGGGAACUGCGGCCGCAGGUGAAGGCCACUGGGCUCCAAAUCCCUCCCUCGGGGUCAGGAGUUGGGUCCGGGGCGCGGAUCCGGCGCGGCCGAGAGGCGGCGCUCGUCCCAGGUCCCGCGAAGGCCAGCGGACCUCCGGAGGGGGCGCCCGAUCCCGCGACUCCGGCGCCGCUUCCCGGGAAGUUUUAAGUUUGAAAGCCCUUGGCGGAGGGGCCGGGGCUUCCGGAACCGGAGUGGUCGAGAGGAGGGGCCGAGCGGCCGCAGCGACGCCAUGGAGGAGGGGGCGCCGCCGCAGCCCGGGGCGGGCCCACGGCCUCCAGAGGACGAGAAAGAGCUGAUCCGCCGGGCCAUCCAGAAGGAGCUGAAAAUCAAGGAGGGUAUGGAGAACCUGAGGCGGGUGGCCACAGACCGCCGCCACCUGGGCCACGUGCAGCAGCUGCUGCGCUCCUCCAACCGCCGCCUGGAGCAACUGCACGGGGAACUGCGGGAGCUGCAUGCCCGCAUCCUGCUGCCCGGCCCUGCUGAACCCGCGGCCUCAGGAUCUCGGCCGCUGGCAGAGCAGCCAAGGGCCCGGUACCUGGAGGCUCUACAGAGGCAGCUGCAGGUAGAACUGAAGGUCAAGCAGGGAGCCGAGAACAUGACCCACACGUGUGCCAGUGGCACCCCCAAGGAGAGGAAGCUUCUGGCAGCCGCCCAGCAGAUGCUACAGGACAGCCAGCUGAAGGUGGCCCUGCUGCGAAUGAAGAUCAGCAGCCUGGAGGCCAGCGGGUCCCCUGAGGCGGGUCCUGAGCUGCUGGUGGAGGAGCUGCAGCACCGACUACGUGUGGAGGCUGCUGUGGCCGAGGGCGCCAAGAACGUGGUGAAGCUGCUUGGGAGCCGGCGAACGCAGGACCGCAAGGGGCUGGCUGAGGCUCAGGCCCAGCUCCAGGAAUCCUCCCAGAAACUGGACCUCCUACGGCUGGCCUUGGAGCAGCUGCUGGGGGGACUGCCUCCUGCCCACCCUCUGCGCGGCAGAGUGGCCCGGGAGCUGAGGACUGCCAUGUCUGGGAACUCCCAGCCGUCGGGGACACUCGUGAAGCCCACCGCCGUGACAGGGACACUGCAGGUCCACCUCCUAGGCUGUGAGCAGUUGUUGACAGCUGUGCCUGGACGCUCCCCAGCCGCUGCGCUGGCCGGGAGCCCCUCCCAGGGCUGGCUUCGGAGCAGGGCCAAGCAGCAGCGUGGCGGAGGCGAGCUGGCCAGUGAGGUGCUGGCUGUACUGAAGGUGGACAAUCGUGUCGUGGGCCAGACGGGCUGGGGACCUGUGUCCAAGGAGUCCUGGGAGCAGACCUUUGUCAUCCCCCUGGAGCGGGUGAGGCUGCUGGAGAUUGGGGUGCACUGGCGGGACUGGCGGCAGCUGUGCGGCGUGGCCUUCCUGAGGCUGGAGGACUUCCUGGACAAUGCCUGUCACCAGCUCUCCCUCAACUUGGUGCCGCAGGGGCUUCUCUUUGCCCAGGUGACCUUCUGUGACCCUGUCAUUGAGAGGAGGCCCCGACUGCAGAGGCAGAAACGUAUUUUCUCCAAACGCAGAGGUCAGGACUUCCUGAGGGCGUCCCAGAUGAACCUCAGCAUGGCGGCCUGGGGGCGCCUGGUCAUGAACCUGCUGCCCCCCUGCAGCUCCCCAAGCACAAUCAGUCCCCCGAAAGGGUGUUCCCAGACCCCAACCACACCCCGGGGGGCUGCUGACCCUGCCUCGCCCAGCAAUUUUCCACCCAAGAAGUCCCCCUUGCGAGAAGAGAUCCAACCCCCACCCACCCCUCGCCUCUACCUGCCCCAGGACCCCACCCCACCCCGGACCCCUCUGCCCUCACAGCGCACCAAGCGGCCCCACAUGGAGCCCAGGACUCGACCCGCGCCGUCUCUGCCAGCCUCGGCCCCCAGGAAACCCCCCCGGCUUCAGGACUUCCGCUGCUUGGCUGUGCUGGGCCGGGGCCACUUCGGGAAGGUCCUCCUGGUCCAAUUCAAGGGGACAGGGCAGUAUUAUGCCAUCAAAGCACUGAAGAAGCAGGAGGUGCUGAGCCGAGAGGAGAUAGAGAGCCUGUACUGUGAGAAGCGGAUCCUGGAGGCUGUGGGGCGCACAGGGCACCCCUUCCUGCUCUCCCUCCUUGCCUGCUUCCAGACCUCCAGCCACGCCUGCUUCGUGACCGAGUUCGCGCCUGGUGGCGACCUCAUGAUGCACAUCCAUGAGGAUGUCUUCCCUGAGCCCCAGGCCCGGUUCUACCUGGCCUGUGUAGUCCUGGGACUGCAGUUCUUACACGAGCAGAAGAUCAUUUACAGAGACCUGAAGUUGGAUAACCUUCUGCUGGAUGCCCAGGGUUUCCUGAAGAUUGCCGACUUUGGGCUGUGUAAGGAAGGGAUCGGCUUUGGGGACCGGACGAGCACCUUCUGCGGCACCCCAGAGUUCCUGGCCCCCGAAGUGCUGACCCAGGAGGCCUACACGCGGGCUGUGGACUGGUGGGGGCUGGGUGUGCUGCUCUAUGAGAUGCUGGUGGGCGAGUGCCCGUUCCCAGGGGACACAGAGGAGGAGGUGUUUGACUGCAUCGUCAAUACCGGCCCCUACCCCCGCUUCCUGUCGGUGCAGGGGCUUGAGCUCAUUCAGAAGCUCCUCCAGAAGUGCCCGGAGAAGCGCCUGGGGGCAGGCGAGCGAGACGCCGAGGAGAUCAAGACACAGCCUUUCUUCAGGACCACCGACUGGCAGGCCCUGCUCGCCCGUGCCGUCCAGCCCCCCUUCGUGCCCACGCUCUGCAGCCCCACAGACCUGCGCUACUUCGAGGGCGAGUUCACGGGGCUGCCGCCUGCGCUGACCCCGCCUGACCCCCGCAGCCCCCUCACCGCCCGCCAACAGGCCGCCUUCCAGGACUUUGACUUCGUGUCCGAGCGAUUCCUGGAGCCCUGAAGACCUCCCAGCAUCACCACUCGCUGCCCCCAGGCUGUUAGAAUUCCCACUGGCCCACCGGUCCGCCCGUCUGGGCGCCCUGCCCUGUAGGCCCAGCCUGGCCUGGUGUUGAUGUGCCCUUGGGACUCGAGGUGGCAGGCACAGGGCUACCGUCGUGGGCUGCGCUCAGUCACUGGGCAAAGUGCUGCCCUCCGCCCCCCUCCCGCCCACCCCUCCUGUGUCCCCCUGGACCAGAAAGGUGGCACAGUGAGGAGUGGUCUGGCUUUUUUUUUUUAAUACUUGACUUACUUUAUGGAUUAUUAAAUAUAUAAAACUGUG